AGCUGCCUCUUUCUCUCUCUCGCUGGAAACUUCAUUUGUCGCUUUACCUUUCUCUCCAAUUCUUACUAUCCUUCUGUUUAUUCCGAGAGAAAAUCAGAUCAGAUCUUUCAGAAAAAAUAUAUUUUGUUGUUGUUGUUGUUGUUUUUUUUUAAUUUUAAUAUUACCGACCAGUUUCCCCCCGAAAUUCAUCCACAUUUUCCCACAAAAAGUUUCUUCUUUUUAGUUUUAUGAUGUUUUUUUUUCAUUUGAGUUCUCUCUCUUUAUUCUCGAGAGAUUCGGUGCGGUUUGGUGUUUGAUUGAUAGAUUCCCACCUCUGGAGUCUUAUACGUGGGUGCCUUUUUAAUUUCUCUUGUUUCUUAAUGGUGAGUGGAAAUGGAGGAUUGGGGAUCCGUACGAUUUUGACGUGAUCAGGAUGGUUUUUUUUACAUUCCAUUGAACAACAUUAAUAGCUUCAAAAUCAAAGCUUUUCCUGCUCAAUUGUAUAGAGAUGUCAGGGGUGGAAGAAAUUGUGGCAAAUGAUGAAAGCAGAGAUAGAAGGUCUGAUUUUGAUAACUCUGAGGAUGAGAGGAGGAGAUCCAAAAUUGGGAAUCUGAAAAAGAAGGCCAUAAAUGCAUCCAACAAGUUCACUCAUUCUCUCAAUAAAAGAGGGAAGAGGAAAAUAGAUUACAGGGUCCCUGCUGUAUCUAUCGAGGAUGUCAGGGAUGCAAAGAGGAGGGUGCUGUGCAUGAGUGCGUCAAAAGCUUCUCCAUGAGGAUUUGUUGCCACCUAGGCAUG